UACAACGGUGGUCCGGCCAGUCCUCAACAUCUCCGACUUCGUCAUUGUCAGAUUUGGGCUGUCCAUCGCUCAGCUGAUUGACGGGAUGAGAAGAACCAAAUGAUGACCACAAAUGUCUGGUUGAAACAGGAGUGGAGUGACUACAAGCUGCGCUGGAACCCGGCGGACUUCGAUAAUGUCACCUCCAUCCGGGUGCCCUCCGAGAUGAUCUGGAUCCCUGACAUUGUGCUGUAUAACAACGCCGAUGGGGAGUUCGCAGUGACGCACAUGACCAAAGCCCACCUCUUCUCCAACGGCAAGGUGAAGUGGGUGCCGCCGGCCAUCUACAAGAGCUCGUGCAGCAUUGACGUGACCUUCUUCCCCUUCGACCAGCAGAACUGCAAGAUGAAGUUUGGCUCGUGGACGUACGACAAGGCCAAGAUCGACCUGGAGAGCAUGGAGCGCGACGUGGACCUGAAAGACUACUGGGAGAGUGGGGAAUGGGCCAUCAUCAAUGCCGUGGGCACCUACAACACCAAGAAAUAUGACUGCUGCACGGAGAUCUACCCUGACAUCACCUACUGCUUCAUCAUCCGGCGCUUGCCCCUUUUCUACACCAUCAACCUCAUCAUCCCCUGCCUGCUCAUCUCCUGCCUGACCGUGCUGGUCUUCUACCUGCCCUCCGACUGCGGGGAGAAGAUCACCCUCUGCAUCUCCGUGCUGCUCUCCCUCACUGUCUUCCUGCUGCUCAUCACCGAGAUCAUCCCUUCCACCUCGCUGGUCAUCCCCCUGAUCGGCGAGUACCUCCUCUUCACCAUGAUCUUCGUCACCCUCUCCAUCGUCAUCACCGUCUUCGCGCUCAACGUCCACCACCGCUCACCCAGCACCCACAAGAUGCCCCUCUGGGUGCGUGCCGCCUUCUUGGACUUCAUCCCCCGCUGGCUUUUCAUGAGGCGGCCUCCAGUGCUAACCCCCCGGGAGAGGCUGAGCUGGGAGUAUGACCCACCUGGCGUCAGGCUCAGCACCUCCAGGGGCUGGCUGGAAACAGACGUUGAUGACACAUGGGAGGAGGAGGAAGAGGAAGAGGACAGGAGGCACCCUGGACGUGCGUCCCUCAAGACAGGCUCCCAUAAACACAGCGUCCAGUACCACUCCGGCUCUGGGCACCACCUGGGCAGGGGGCGGGGGGCCCGGGCACCGCGCCCGCCUGCCAAAGGGGACAGCUUGGGGUUGGAUCCCAGCCUGCUGCUGUCCCCCAGGAUCCUGAAGGCCUUGGAGGGGGUGGACUACAUCGCAGACCACCUGCGGGCUGAGGAUGCUGAUUUCUCGGUGAAGGAGGACUGGAAGUAUGUUGCUAUGGUCAUAGACCGGAUAUUCCUCUGGGUGUUUAUCAUCGUCUGUUUGCUGGGGACCAUCGGCCUCUUCCUCCCUCCCUUCCUGGCUGGGAUGAUAUAGGGUCUGUGCCUGGCCCGGAAGGUGGUCUUGCUCCCAGAUCUGUGCCCAGGGCUGGCGAAGGGACAAACUAACCUACCCUGACUGUGGAGCCCCUUCGGGCUUGUCCAUACUGGAGGAACAUUGUCAAGCCGCGACCCCCUUUGAACUCCCACUCGUCCUGGUUAGUACCAGCGCAGCGCCAGUGCCGAAGCCACACGUCAGCUGGGCCCAGCUCCAGCCGUGUAGAUGCUCACAUGCAUCGGGUUUGUACUAACAAGUGAACGGUGUAGGGGAGUUGGGGUGGGAGAACCCUACAGUGAAACCCCAACAAGAUUUUUUCUUGAGUCACUGAAACUGCUUAAAACGAAGCGGAUCAGAACGGAACCACCCGGGGUUUGAAAUUAACAUGCCCAUAGCUACCUAGCAAGGCAGCAGGUGCGCCCCCUAAGAUGGGAACAUGUUGCUCACGUUGGUUUGGUGACAAGGUUCAUUUCAUACUGUUCCUCCCAGCCACACGCAGUCCAAUUUAUCCCCCAGGUGUGAACAUAGCCCACUGGACAGGGUGUGUUAGAGGUCUCCGUCUGUAGCCUGCAGCUGGGAAGUUCUAACUCUAGCAGCUCAUGCUUUUAGCUAGGGAGGUCCCCGGGUCAAUCCCCGGGGGACAGCCAUGGCAUAAGCACCCCAGGAGUUAAUUUGGGUAUUGGCACCCGGGUCAGCCUGGCCCAGGUGGGAGGAACCUCACUGCAAAGCCGUGCCUGUGUCCUCACUAGCACUGCGCGGUGUGUGUGGGGCUCGGACUUGUGAGGGCACGUCCCAUGGGUCUUUGUGCUGCUCUACGAUUCUUCCCCAUGGAGCCGGGAGAGAACCUGCCUGUCCUUCCGGGUACACAGGGGGAAUUGUGGGAAGGCACUGGAGGACUAUCAACGCUGGGGCGGCUGAGCCUGUGUCCUCACCGCAAAGCCAGCAGAUUCCAGGCUAAAGGGAAAGCAGCACCUACCCCCUCAGCGGGGCCAGCUAACCUAGGGUGAAAUUCACUCCAGUGCUCAGCGCUGGCCCAAGAACUAGUCACCACUUUCAGCUGUGUUCUGCCUGGAAUGCCCCUUGCAGGUGAGAGCUGCCUGGAGGGUCUUUUCAAAGCAAACAAACAUUUCGGGGGGAGAGGUAUGGCAAAUAGUCAAAAAAAAUUGCUGAAACUAAUCACAACAAAGAUUUUUUUGUUUUCACAUCAAAAAUUUGUUUGUUUGCUUUUUGGGACCCCACCCCCUUUCCCACCUCCAUUUUUCCAGGGGGAAGGGGAGGGGAAAAAAAAUAAAAAACAACAGGUUUUCUGUUAAAACCUUCCCAAAAUCUUUCAUUUUGAUCCAUUUCAUCAAAAAACCCUGCAAAAAUUGUCAACUGAAAUGAACAAUUUUAAUGUCUUUUGGCGUUUCUCCAUGGAAAAUACUCAACUGACCUUACUGCAGACGUUAAUGAGUUCUGAGAACAAACCCAGCAGGCUUCCUGGCCAUUUUCUAAAUGGAGGAAACUGAGGCACAGAGAGAGCGUGGCAAGUCAUUGAGAUCACAGAGGAUCACACCCCAGUCUUUAACGGCCCAGCCACGUAGCAUCAGAGCUGAGCCUGGAACCCGGGCAUCCCAGUUCCCCCAAUCUAGCCAGCCAACUUGUAUGUAAAGUCAAACUAAAGUUCUGCAUGGCCCAAGUCAGUGCUCCCAUGGAGCUGUUCAAAACAGUCCCCUGAAGCCCGGUAACACAGGAGGGAAGGCAAACAUCAUUUCAAGCUUCAAAUAAUCCUCAUGCUCCAGGGCCUUUGAUGCCUGCCCAUAAAGAAUACCCUUGAUCUUGUGUCUAACACCCCACGAGCUUUUGCAGCUGCAAGGGGCCAUUUGAGAGG